AUUGUUGAGUUUGGUGGAAUUGUUGAGUUUGGCAGGAUUGUGAAGUUUGGCGGGAUUGUGAAGUUUGGCAGAAUUGUGAAGAUGAAUCAUCAUAGUAUUAUUAUAAGUAAUCGAUGGAAAAUAGCAAUUAUGAGACAACGAGUUUUAGAAAAGUUGUUAGGGUUAGUGAUUGUAUUAAAGAUAAUUGGUUGUGAGAGAGAUGUAGUUGUUAUAGAGGUAGAGAAAGAAGAUGCAGAUAAGUUUGAGUUAUUUGAAUUAGUAGAGUUGUUUGAUAUUUUAAUCCAAAAAUUUCAAAAAUGUAUUUAA